AUGGACCCCUCCUCCAUCCCUCCUCCCCCCACCUUCACCGCCCCUCCCACCGCCGUUCCUGCCUCCGCUCCGGCCCCCUCCGCCAAUCUAACUUCUGCAAACUACCCUCCCUAUGCUGAGAUGAUACGUACAGCUCUCGCGGCUCUCAACGAGAGAAACGGCUCCAGCAAGAAAACCAUUGCCAAGUUCAUAGAGCAAGCCUAUCCGCGCCUUCCCUCAAACCAUCCCGCCUUGCUGACUCAGCAUUUAAAUCUCUUGAAAAGCAACGCUCUUCUUGUUAUGGUCAAAAAAUCUUACAAGCUCCCUAAAUUUGAUGCUUCACCUCCCACCGCCCAAAGAAAACGGGGUCGCCCCCCCAAGCGCAAGCCCAACGCCGACCCGCAGCCCCAGCCCCAGUCUCUUGUUCGGCAAAAUGCCAACCCUCAGGCGACGAGAAGGGGCCCCGGUCGUCCACCGAAAGCUAGGAGGAACAUAGUGGACCAACCUGGGCCGCCAGCGCGAUGGGGGGGACCACCCGGCUCGCAAAGACCUGGGUGUCCUUCCAAGCCCAAAUCCGAGUUGGCAUUUUCUAAUGGGACCAACUGGCGUCCUGGUCGCCCUCCCAAAAAUCAAACGAACACGACGGCCAUCCCCUUGGCCCCUCCCGGUCCCGCUGUACUUGCCAAAACAGUAACUUCUAGCACAGUUCCCACGGUACCGCCAGACUCUAGCUUACCAAGUAUACCUUCAAGAGGUAGAGGAAGACCAAAGAAGAAUGCCGCUGCAGUGCCUCCAUCGGGAGCUAUAUUACAAGCUGUUGGAGCUGGUCAUGGGGCGCAGGGGUAGCUAGACCCAGAGCUCCUGUCAGAAGAUCUGUCGGCCCGCCAAAGAAGGGAACAUCUGUUGAGGAAGUGUUGAGGAGCAAACUUGAAUAUUUUCAAUUAAAAGUGAAUGAAUCUCUUGGUGUGAUCAAGCCCCAUUUUAGCAUUGCGAGUCCACUCAGUGCAAUUGCAGCAGUUCAAGAAUUAGAAAGACUUGCAACGAUGGACCUCAAUGCGCCGUUAAGAAAGGAAACACAAGAACUGCCGCCAUGGCAACUGGCAGUUCGUCAACCACAGCAUUUUUGUCAGCAACUACUGCAGAUGCCAUCACAGCAUCCGUUUGAAACGCAGUAACUAUUUCCACCACAUGCAAGUGGUUCAAGAACCCCAAACUGAUGGUGAAAAUUCGCACAAAAGUGUUUUUAAGAAGGCGCAUGAGGCAAAAGAUCUGUAAAUCAAAGUAGGAAGUGGCAGAAAUGAUUUUUCGCUGAAAGCAUAAUGAAUGUAUGCAUAUAAGCUUUGGUAUUUGGGUACUGGCGAGUUGUUCGCCAUCCCUUUUUCACCUUUGGUUAUACUGAGAAGGGAAAGACUUGUGUUUCAGGAUCAUGAACCGUCCUAUCUUUUUGAAUGUUCGUAACUGAAAAAAAAAAAGACUGCAAUAGGUUGGUUUAAUAAAGUUAGUUUUGUGGGAAAUAGAUGCUUUGCCUGAAAUAAUAUGUUCUGUCUGUGGCUGCAUCUGCCCCGUUAGGUUUCGAUUUGUUUUAUUAACAAAUUAUCGAUCUAUAUACAUUAUGAAGUUUCUGAUGAGUGGCAAUGAAUUUUGUGGUUUAUUUUACAAA